GUUUCACUCCAAGUAAGCAAACAUUUAAGUUUAAUAUGCAGACGACAAUGUAAUAAAAUUCGCGCCAAAAUGUUUAGAGAUUUAAUAAAUUUGCUGAUACACAAUUUAAUUUCUUACGAGAUAAACCCUACUUUUACAGGUAGAUCAAUCGAUAAAGAAUUUCAACGGUCAGCGAUCGGGCCCAAAGUUUAUAUUAGAUUUAAAUAUGUAUUUAAUGCCAUUUUAUAAUUCAGUCGAAGCGUGAAUAAGGUGUGUGAUUUUAAACAAAGAAAAAUUGAAACUUUGUUACUCUUUAAUUGUACAGCUUUUAAGCGGUUAACUCUUUAAUACAUGUUGAAUUCUUCUAAUGCGAGCAAAAGGAGGAAACACCUGGUAAACAAAUGAUCAAAGGAUUUUCGGUUUAUCAGAGGUAUAAGGGAAACAUAUUGAUCCGGAGUAGAGUGAAAGACAGUUUGUCUUAACAUGGCCACCCCGGAUGUUUUACAAACAACUUCAAGCAUGACGGAGAACUUUACAAUUUGCGGUCUCUGUCAAGAGACGUUUAGAAGGCCAAAAGUGUUAACGUGUCUUCACACAUUCUGUUAUGAAUGUUUAAAUGAUCACAUUGAAAAAGUGUUAGGACCUUCAAAACAUCGCCAAUUUUCUUGCCCAUCUUGUGAUAUGGAUAUAGAACUACCAGCUCUUGCCGCAGAUGGACAUUAUGCAGAUAACCUAAAGGAUGACCAAUUUAUGACAACAUUGGUAGAGUUAAAGAAAGCUCUUCACGAGGAUAAAUCUUGUGACAUUUGCAUGAGAGGAGAGGAAAAGGUGACUGCAGUAAACUGGUGCUCAGAUUGCAAUGAUGCCUUAUGUGAAUCGUGUUCAAAAGUCCAUCUGCAUUCAAAAAUCACGUCCGCACAUGCAGUGUCAUCGUUGGAAGAAAUGAGAAAAAUGCCACUAGAAACAAUAAUGCGAAAGAAGAAUAAAGUGAAUUGUGACAGGCAUGGAGAAAAUAUUACGCUGUUUUGUGUUGAUUGUAAAGACCCUCUCUGUGUUCAAUGUUUGGCAGUUUCACAUAGACGAUGUGAGAACGUUAUUACGGUUACUGACGCUGCUACUACGCGAAAUGAUAUUGACAAUAUUAUGGAAACACUUCGUUCAUUACAGCUGUCGUUAGACAGUGUUGAUGGCGUUGGUCAUAUUGAAGCACAUUUAGAAGAGUCUAUUGAAAACUCCAAACAUGAAAUCAUGUACCUAAGUAACUCUCUAUGUGCUAGGAUAAGAGACCAGGAAAAGUUUCUACUGAAACAGCUUGACAGUAAAGCGAGUGACGCAAGAAAACUCCUUAAGGAUAGAACAGAACCGAGAAAGUUGCAAAUGAAAACUGCAAAGUCAGCAAGUCAGCGCAUGAAUAACUUAUUGAAAUAUGGAAGCGAUGUAGAAGUACUAAUGGCAUUUAACCAAAUUCGUAAGCAGAUUGACGACUACAAUGCUCAAGUUGGGGAUAUCAAUCCAGAAAGAUUAAAGGUGAAAUUGGAGUUCUUUCCAGAUGAAGGUUCCCUGACUUACCUGGAUGAAAUGAAAACGCUCGGAGAACUCCGUAUUGACACUGGUGCAGAUGAUGGAAUUUCAUGUUGGGGCGUGACAUGUACAGUUCAUGAUGAUAUCAUUGUCACCGAUUGCAAAAAUAAACGUAUACAAAAGUUCAGUAAAACAGGAGAACUUGUGGAUCAUAUCCAAUUAGAUGAUGAGCCACGUGACAUAACAACAUGCGGAAAUGGCAGUGACGUAGCUGUACCAUUAAUUGGUCGUCUUAUCAUAUUCAUCUCAACAAGAAAAUCAUUAACAUUGAUCAAGAAAACUAAGACUGAGAGACAAUACGAUGGGAUCUCGUACUCAGAAACCGAGAGCUAUCUUGUCACCAGUUGUAUGAGAGAGCGAUGUAUUGAUAUUAUUCAGUUAGACGGCGAGGUUCUGAAAUCGAUCGUACACGACAAUACAGGCGAACCUCUGUUUGAGGAACCCCGCUAUCUAUCAGCUUCUAUUGACGGGACAAUAAUUGUGUCUGAUAUAGGUCUAAAUGCGGUUAAGUGUAUAGACAGUCGUGGUCAUUGUAUUUACACGUACAAAGGACAUAACGAUCUUAAAAACCCACAAGGGGUCUGUGUAGAUAAAAUUGGAAAUAUAUUCAUAGCUGACAAUUCAAACGACCGUAUCCAGCUUCUAACUAGUAACGGUGUGUUUCAGAGAUACGUUCUUGUGAAAGAUUCUGGUUUAGAAAGACCUUGUGCCGUAAUGAUUAGCGGGUCCAGCCGGCUCAUCAUUGUGCAAAAUGAUGGCAUGGUAAAGGUUUAUACCUACUGCUGAAAGUUUUACUUUGGAUGACGUGUUUCAUAUUUGUCAUUAUUUGUGCAUGUUGGGGUACAGCAUACAUUUUAUUUGGUUUUAAAUACAAACGAUGUAAUAGAUAAGGAUUUUUUUUGGAUUGCGGUAUUUAAAAUUCAUGCAGUUUCAGCGAAUAUAUCAAAAUAUGCGCCUGGAUGUAUAACAACCAUGGGACAUGUCACAUUAUCAGUAUCGUGCAAAUUUGAAUUUAUGAUAUUGUAUAAAACCUACAGGGAAUAGUCAUAAAUCAUCUAAGUUACCACAGUGUGUCUAUGUGUUGACGUUGUCUUAAUACUUUAACUGCAGUAUUACAAUUUAAUAUACGAUUCGCUAGAUUCUACAUAUAGCACAAUUUAUCAAACGCAAAGGAUACGCCUAUUUUAAGAACACUUGAAAUAGUGUCUACAUAGGUUUUUAUCUAGAUGUAUUUAUUGUUACGUGCAGUAUCAUUAAUGCAAAUGAAUGAAUAAAGAUAAACAAGAUCUGCUAAAAUAUCUUCAGAGAAUAUUUCUAUGGUUUUUCUUCUAUAGCUUCUACACUUCUUAUAUCUUUUGUUUUGAAGGAUACAUGAAAAGAGAAAUAUCAUUUUUAUGUAUUGCUGCAGUCUCUUUGAAUUUAACAAAUAUCAUUCGAAAGCAAUCUAAUUAUCGACAGAAGCGAUUAUAAGUGCUUCAUGAUGUUAAAUGUUAAAAAUACUUAACACUUUAUAUUUGUUUAAGAACUUUUACUUGUAUGACUUAAUAUCGUUUUCUUACAAGUUUUAGGUAUUUGUAAGGCUAUAUGUUAUAUAAACUAUUUCAAGAAUGUAGAAUAAAUGUACUUACUUCAAAUUUUUGAUGUAUCAUACAGCUCAAUGCUAAAAGCCAUAUUAGUCAACAAUCCGUAAGCAGAUAAACAUAUUUUCUUUAAUGUUUGAAAGCAAUUUUGAAAGACCUUUUUGAGUUUAGAAAUCAAUUAUAACAUUUUCAAUUUUUUUAAGAACCUUUGUUUUGUCAGUGUAGAAUGUUCUUUGUUAUCGUAUUCUCCAAUAUUGCCAACAAACCUAAUAUUUCGUAUUGAGUUUCUUCUUCUUCGAGUGAUAUGACUGUCACCAGAAUGUGAAAGUUUCUAUUUUGUUUUGUUAUUCAUUUAACCAGUACCACUCUAUCACAAAGAGUUGAAAUGAGUGUUUGUAUGUAAUAUUGUAACACUUAACCUGCUGAAAGAACCUGGCAAUAGCCACUGCAGACACCUUAGUACCAGUUUAGACACCGAUUCCCUAGCGUCUUAUCAGGUACCUAUUUGUUUGAAAUGUCAUGUCAGUCACUAUUCAUGUUAUGAGUGUUGAAAUGUGUGUUUAAUAAGUGUUUUAAUUAAUUCUGUUUUAAUUAAUUCUGUUAUGGGUUUUAAAACAGUUUUAAUGAAUGGUAAAAUGUGUGCACAUGAUUUUUUAAUGAAUGAUUAUGUGAUGUAUUAUAAAUGAAUAUUUAAUAUAUUUUGCAUGUAUCGGUUGGAUAUUUUAAACUUUGAAUUUCAUGAUUAAACUUUAACAAAUCUCAGAAGAUAUAAUGGAGAUGUUAUUCAUAUAUGUAGAGAGUCUAGAAAACAAUUUAUGUUCGUCCAAAAUUUAUAUCUCAUAAAUAUAUAUAUCCAUGUUUUUGUGAUAUUUGUAUACCUCUAUUAAACAGGAAUUGCAAUAAAGUAUUCAUGUAUAAA